GGGAAACACUCAAUUGCUGCUGCUGCAGGCGGGGCAUAUUCCUGAGCUCAGGAAAGUGAAACUAACCCUGUUACACUGCCCAGAGGGAGCCAUGGCCACAGAGGACCCUGUGGAACAUCUCCAGGAUGAAGUUGCUUGUCCCAUCUGUCUGGAGUAUUUUAAGGACCCAGUGAUCAUAGAGUGUGGGCACAAUUUCUGCCGAGCCUGCAUCACCCAGUGCUGGGAGCGAUCGGCUACAGCCGCCUCCUGCCCUCAGUGCAGAGAAACUGUGCAGCAGAGCAACCUCAGGCCCAACAGGCAGCUGGCAAAUAUUGUAGAAAUAGCCAAACGGCUGAGUUUCCGGGCAGCAGAGGGAGCAGGAGGAGAGAGGGUGUCUGGGGAACACCAGGAGGUUCUGAAACUGUUCUGCGAAGAGGAUCAAACCCCCAUCUGUGUGGUGUGCGACAGAUCCCCGACUCACUGCGCUCACAGAGUGGUUCCUGUAGAGAAGGCUGCCCAGGAGUAUAAGGAAAAAAUCCAGGCCCAUUGGAAGACUUUGCGGGAAGAGAGAGAAAAGCUGCUGGGAUUUAAACUGACUGGAGAGGGGAAAAACUGGGAGUAUCUGAAACAGAUACAAGAGGAGAGGCAGAAAAUUGUUUCUGAAUUUCAGCAACUGAGGCAGUUCCUGGAGGAACAGGAGCGACUCCUGCUCGUCUGGCUGGAAAAGCUGGACAAGGAGAUAGUGAAGAUAUGGAAUGAAAAUAACACCAAACUCUCAGAGGAGAUUUCCCGUCUCAGUGAGCUGAUCAGUGAGCUGGAGGGGAAGUAUCAGAAGCCAGCGAGUGAAUUCCUGCCGGAUGUCAGAUGCACCCUGAGGAGGUGUAAGAAGGGGAAGUUCCAGCAGCCAGUGGACAUUUCUCCUGAACUGGAAGUGAGGCUCAACCAUUUCUCCCAGAAAACUGUUGCCCUAAUGGAGAUUCUGAGGAAAUUCAAAGACACUCUGCCGUCUGCACUAGAGACAACAAAAGCGGGAUCCCUAGGAGCGCACACACAAGCGAAUGUGACUCUGGAUCCAGACACGGCUCAUCUCAAUCUUGUCUUGUCUGAGGAUUUGAGAGGUGUAAAGUGGGAAGAAAUACAGCAGGAGCUGCCUGACAACCCUGAGAGAUUUGAUACUGAGCCCUCCGUGCUGGGCUGGGAGGGAUUCACCUCGGGGAGACAUUGCUGGGAGAUGGAGGUGGGAGAUAGGGGAGGUUGGGUUGUGGGGGUGGCCAAAGAGUCUGUGAGGAGGAGGGGAGAGAUCCGCCCCGGAGAGGGGAUCUGGGCUGUGGGGUAUGUAUUGGAUCAGUUCUGGGCUCUUACCUCCCCUGCGACACAUCUGCCCCUGAGUUGGGUCCCCAGCAGGAUCCGGGUUUGUCUGGACUGUGACCAGGGGCAGGUGACAUUUAUCGAUGCUGGUGAUGGGGCCCCGAUCUUCACUUUCCCGCCGGGCUCUGUCCCUGGGGAGAGAAUCCGACCCUGGUUCUGGGUGCUGGGGGUUGGGUCCCGGCUCAGACUGUGUCCCUGAGACACGGGAGCGGCGGAGGCACACGACCAUCUCUAGGGAUGUGUGGGACCUGGGACAACACCCCCUCAACCCCAGCCCUGCCCCCACUCCACCCCUUCCCCCAAACCUCCACCCCACUUCUUCCUGCCCCUGCUCUGCUCACUCCCAUUCCAUCCGUUUCCCGCGUCCCUGCCUCUUUCUGGCUUCCACCCCUCCCCUGGGGGCCCUGAGAUCAGCCUCUCUAGCCUUGGACCUCUCCAUAACCUCCUCCUGCGGACUUUCUGUCGUGCCGUCUCUGUGACCCUGGAGGUUGCGUCAGGUCUCAACUCUGGGCAGUCUCUGGACUGUCAAACCAUAGAGAACAUUCCAUGACCGUGGCAGAGAAGCCGAUCUCAUUGCCCCAGGGACUGUGCAGACUGUUUGCUACCGUCCUCUGCGAUCCAAGGGGACUCUGAGGAUCCUGGGUCAGCCAGUGUCACUGAGGCAUGAGGGGGAACAGCCCCAUGGGAAUGAAAAAAUGGGCUUCUCUAGCCUCAGUCCUCCUAGCACCCAUAACCUGAUUGAUUCCCAUCUACCCAGCCUUCUGGCUCAUCUCUAUGCCCCUGGAGGACCUGUCUACCCAAUGCCGGAUACCUCAUCUCUAUGGCACCUGGAAGCUCCCCCCCCCACCCUUUAAGUUCCAGGGGUGGGAGGGAGAAGAAUUUAAAUUCCCCACCUGUGAUAGUUGAAUUUUGAAGGCAGCCGUGGGAUUUCUUCCCUUUAAUUGGUUGUGGGAACCCAGCACCCGUGAGGAUAGCUGUGUAGGUCACUAUGAUGCCAGCCUGGCCAUUUCAGUAGUAUGUUACUAUCCAGCCGCACACUGGGCCUUGUGCUUUAUAGCAACUUGUAUGUCCAGGACCAGCCUUAGGGAAAAUGGCACCCUGGGUGAACUUGUAUUUUGAGGCCCUUGGCCCCCGUGGACUCCUAGUGCUCCAACCCCUGCACCCCCUCCUCUGGCACCCACGUGGGGACCCUGAUCUGGAUGCCUGGAGCAGCUGGCAUUGUUGCUCGCCCCCCACUCAAACAGUGCAUCUCCACACACCCCUAGGGGCCUGGGGGGGGGAGCAAGGAGCGAUGUUAGGGCUCCCUGCAUCUAGGUCACUUUCCCCCACCUGGGCUGCAUAAGGGGAGGACAGAGAGCAACAGCUCCUGGAGCUCACCUCACAGCACAGCAGAGGGGCUGGGGUGGGAAGAAGUGACCUAGAUGCAUGGAGCACUUGGUAUGGCUCCUUGCUCCCCCCCCCCAGCACACCCACACCCACUGCAGGGGCAUGGAGGAACAUUGGGGGCGGGAGCAGUAUCUGUGCAUCAAUGCCCUCCCCCCCCAUGUUCCUCUGCUGGGAGGAAGAGGGAGAAAACUGCUCCUCACCCACCCCCAGUGCUCCCCUGCUAGCGGGGAGCAGUUUCUGACUCUACACAAGCAGCUUGCACCUCUGCACUGCCGCACAGCACCCCCUAGACCACCAGCCCCCCUAUGAAGUCACCCAGUAGCCCACCCCUAUUCCGGCCCUGGGUAUGCCAGGAAUUGUUCAGCUCUGCGCAGGAGCGAGCUAGGUGGAUCACUUUGCUUCUCAGCUCCCAAACCUGCCUGUGUGAUACAGCAGCAAACAAACUGCGUGUGACAGAUGUUCGCAGUCUGGAACACCUGGAUUUUAUGGCCAACAGAUUAUAAUGGUUUUAAUAUCAUGUGAAUUAUAUAAACUAUUAAAAAAACCCACAAAAAUAUCUAACAAAUGGAACCACUCAAACCUCACUCCCACAGCAGCAGGCUUUGUAGUAUGGUCUUGCCGAUCCCCAGCACGUCCCUACCACUUGAACCCCAGGAGGAAAUGCCAUUAUUUCUGAAGCCAAACACCAGAGUGGGACUUGACACACACUGUGUCAGCAGGUCCACAAAUACUUAUUAGACAGAUUAGAAUAUUAGCGAUCAGAGCUCCAGGGUUCUCCUCUUGGCUCCAUUGUGCAGUGGUGGGUAGUGACAGAUAACCAGAUCGUAUCUAUUUCAUGCAUUCAUCCCAAAAGGCCAUAGAAAUGAGUAGCUAGUGCCUUGGCUUUCCAUAGUGGAGUCCUGAGUUAUCUUCCCAAUUCUACCUGAAGUGCCAUUGUGCAGCAUCCCGAUUAUCUUGUACCCGGGGUGGGGAGGGGGUGUCUGAUACUUCUCUGGUGUGGGAAAGGGGGUUUUUCGUUAGUGAUAAGGGUUGUGAAGUGCAUGGAAAUAUAAAGAACAAAAAGGAGGUGAUAUUUAAACGCGGGGCUUCUAGCUCCUGCUUUGUUGCAUUAUUGUUACCGACUAUUUCCUGGCAGAGGAGUUUCUCACGGGUUCAAAUUUAGGGGCAGGUGAUCCAGGUGACUGCCUGGGAUGCCGGACUUGGGUGGCACUGGGCUCGGGGUGCUGUUAGGGACAAAAGUUUAACAAGGAGGGUGGGGAGACACAUCAAAGACGCAGUUUUACUUUAUGUUAACAAAGUUUUGCUUGUGAAUUUCUGUUCACGUUAUCAGUCGAAAAUAUGGUCCAGAUCUACACAGAUAGGUGAGUGCCUAAACCCCAGAUUUGCGCCUCUGAAUUCCAGUUUUAGGUUGUCCUCCUGCCUUAUCUGGAUGCCUGGCUCUCAUGGAAGCUCCAGCAUGAUCCACAAACCCCCUACAGUUCCUCAUAUCUCCUUGUCAAUUGCUGGAGAUGGUCCAUUUUCAUUAGCACUACAAACAGUUAUUUUCCUCUCCUGCUGAUAAA